UGCAAAUCCGCGUUUUGAGGUAAGUGAAGUCAACGACGAUACUUUGCACGACUUUUCGACAAUCGCGACAAUCCACCAAACGCAAAAAUGGCCACCGAAUUGACCGUCCAGUCCGAGCGCGCUUUCCAGAAGCAGCCGCAUAUCUUCCUUAACUCCAAGGUCAAGGCCAAGUCGGCGAGAGCUGGCAAGGGAGGACGCAGAUGGUAUAAGGAUGUUGGUCUUGGGUUCAGGACCCCAAAGACCGCCAUUGAGGGAACCUACAUUGACAAGAAGUGCCCAUUCGUCGGCCAAGUCUCCAUCCGUGGCCGUAUCCUCACCGGAACUGUCGUCUCCACCAAGAUGCACAGAACCCUCAUCAUCCGCCGCGAGUACCUCCACUUCGUCCCCAAGUACGCCCGUUACGAGAAGCGCCACAAGAACCUCGCUGCGCACGUUUCGCCAGCUUUCCGUGUUGAGGAGGGUGACCAGGUCACCGUCGGCCAAUGCCGCCCAUUGAGCAAGACUGUCCGAUUCAAUGUUCUCCGCGUUCUCCCAAGAACCGGCAAGGCCGUCAAGGCUUUCUCUAAAUUCUAAGCGACUCUUUUCCUCGGGGUUCAGGCUGCAUGGGAUUGGGAUGAUCGGAACAAGGAGAGUGUCAUCAUGGGUCUUUGUUAGACUGCGAUUAGCUACGAAUACUCAACAAUGAAACA